GCUUGUUAUUUUUCCCCCUUCUUUCAGCGGGGACGCACGGAAGAAAGAAGGAAAAAAAAAAAAGAAAAAAAAGGGCAAAACAAGUACAUGUCCUUCCUCGAUUUCUCCUGGCGGAACUAGGGUUAGGGUUUCUAUCUCCACGUCCAAAAGCCUUCUUUCUUCUCCCAAUCUUCUUGCAGGAAAUCCUUUAUCCAAUGGGAAACACCUCCUCCAUGCUCACCCAGUACGACAUCGAAGAGCUCCAGGAGCACUGUAACCACGCCUUUUCGCAGCAAGAGAUCGUCUCCCUGUACCACAGGUUCUGCCAGCUUGAUCGCAACAGUGGGGGAUUUAUCUCUGCCGACGAGUUCUUGUCUGUGCCAGAGUUUGCAGUCAACCCUCUCUCUCAGAGGCUAUUGAGGAUGCUGGAUGGUUUGAAUUUUAAGGAUUUUGUUGCAUUUUUGUCUGCGUUCAGUUCUCGCACGACUCUGCAACAGAAGAUCGAAUUUAUAUUCAGGGUCUAUGAUUUGGACGGCGAUGGGAAGGUUUCAUUCAAUGAUAUACUGUGUGUUAUGCGGGACUUGACCGGGCCUUUUAUGAGUGAGCAGCAGAGGCAGAAAGUUCUGAACCAUGUCCUAGAGGAAGCUGGGUACACAAGGGAUUCCUCACUGGUUCUAUCAGACUUCAUAAAGAUUCUUGGCGACUCUGAUUUGAAAAUGGAGGUUGAAGUUCCCAUCGAUUAGCAAGUUUUACUGGGAUACAAUUCUUUUAUUCAAUUAUCACCUUAUUUUAAUGUAUAAUUAAGUGAAUGCCUUCAAUUAUGGAGUAUCUUUUUUAUGCUGACAGUAAUUGGUGCUCUCUGAACUGAGUUGUUAAUCCCAUUAUAAACUUUCUGUGACCAUUUUUAUCUCUGAACAUCAUUCAUGUACUUUGCACUGUUUUACUUCGUUGUAGAAUUUAGAAAAUGCAGUGCACCAAUGUA